AUGGAUGACCUGAGUGGCCUGAGUUGGUCUGCCGGCUCAUCCAAUGCCCCCCAGAAACCCCCGCCCAUGAGCUCUAGCUCGUUAUUUCCCAAUGUGAGGCCAGCUAACCCCUCCGGCCGCUCUACACCCCUCUCCGCCUCGUCUACCGCGUCCAAUCCGCCGACCAAGUCUGCGACCCCGGAUAAGGACAGCUUCGCAAAUCUCGUCUCGUUCAAUUCGUCAAAUCCCAACAAGAAUGUCCCUCUCAUUGAGCAGCAAAGGCGACUACAAGAAGAGAGAGCUAGGAAGGAGGCGGAGAAUCGAUCUCGAUUUGAGUCGCAGUACGGAGGGCAGAACUCUCAGUUUUGGGAUAGUUUCGAGAAAGGAGGGAGUGGCAAUUCAAGUGGAUUCGGAGCUACGCCUACCCUGCAGAAGCCGCAGUCUCCCGACGAAGAUGAUAUUCUCGCCGCCUUUGACGCCUCAGCCCCCGUGGACGCAUCUACCCACUUCCCCAUUCCAAGCCCGUCGCCUUCGCCGCAGGUCGGAACAAGCUCGCCACAACUUACUACCAAUGGAGCGUCGUCGGCGCCUCCGGCCGCGAGUGGAAUGGACUUUAUGGAUGACGACGACCCGUUCGGUCUCAACCAAUUGAAACCCAAGCAGCAAACACCCCCGGCGCAGCCUGCCCCAACUAACGAUGACGAUGACGAUUUUCUCGGCUUGCUGGGCAAGCCCGUGUCUGAACUUCCUCCGAAGCCACCGGCCAAAUCGCCCACCCCUCCGUCUACACGCGAAAGUCCCCCUCCUCCCCCACCUUCCAAGGGAUCCAGCGGGAUUGAUCGCGCCGUCGCUGAGCUUGUGGAUAUGGGUUUCCCAGUAGACAAAUCGGUACAAGCAUUGCGCAUGACCCCGACGGGCACCGAUAUACAGGCUGCUGUCAGCUUACUGCUCACCCAAGCGCACGAGGAGUCUCAGCAGAGGUCGAGGAAUCGACCCCCGCCUGACGAUCUCCAUCUAGAUCAUUCCGGCCGGAGCAGAGACCAGAGCGCGAGAUCGGAUCGCAAUGUUCCGUCAUGGAUGCAACAAGAACGCGCCCAUACGCCCCGAAGCCGCAGCAACAACCGGAGCCCCAUGUCUGCAGACAAGGACCCGGCGCAGGUCGCAUCGGCUUUCGGAAACAAUCUACUGAAGACCGCCAAUUCUUUGUGGAAAUCAGGCAGCAAGAAGAUGCAGCAGGUCGUCCAGGACUUCAACACGGAGCAGGAUCCUAAUCAGCCUAAGUGGCUAAGAGAGGCUUCCAUGCACGAGGAGCCAUUCCCCGAUGACCGUCGCCAGGCUCCGGCUCAGCCUUCUCGCGCGCCGCCUGCGGAAUUCACCAACGAAGCUUUGCUUCUGGAAUCUGGAGGGGACCCGCGUGCAUCGCGCAGAUCGGAUAGAUCGCAUGAAGCACGACCUCCGCCUCGAUCGGACAGCGCAAGCUUCCGCAGCCAACCGUCCCCGCCUGUCGGUGAAAGACGCGCGCAACAGCCGGCGUUCCUACGAGAGCAUAUUAAGAUCGAGACAAGGGACCCUCGAGCGCGCGUGUCCAAGACAGUCGUCGAACAGCAGUCCACACAGGCCUAUGUUUCUCCUGCUCGGAGGAAACGACCUGCCGCACCGUCCCCUGCUCCAGAGCCCGCCGUGGAUUUGUUUGACUCUCCCGCUCCGUCAUCAAGUGUUGAACGACCCAAGCCGGCGUCAUCACCGGCGCAGGCGCAACCUUCACGAUCUUCGACCCCCGCCAAACCCCUGCCUUCACGGCCGAAGGCUCUUCCCCCCCGGGCUGUUCUUCCCUUGUCUCAAGAGGCGCUUUCAUCCACCCACCGUCAUAAGGACAAGGGUGCCGAAUCAUACAAGAGAGGUGAUUACGGCUCCGCUCACGAGUCGUUCUCAACGGCCCUCAGCAUGCUGCCGGGAAAACACCCCCUCACCAUUAUCAUUCGCAGCAACCGUGCCAUGACCGCUCUUAAAAUCGGCGAGCCGAAGGUCGCCAUUAGUGAUGCCGACAAUAUUCUAGAGGUAAUUGGACCUUCCAAGGGAGAAGCAGAGAGCAUCGAACUUGGAAACGGCGAACCCAACAAACCCAUGAAGGACUUCUUCGGCAAGGCUUUGAUGCGCAAAGCGGAAGCCCUCGAACAACUGGAGCGCUGGGUCGAUGCGGCCCAGUCGUGGCGACAGGCGGUCGAAAAUGGCUACGGCGGUAGCACGAGUAUCCAAGGACGCAAUCGAUGCGAGAAGGCCGCGGGAAUCAACAAGCCGACACCAAAGCCCUCGGCACCGGCACGUCGACCCGCUGCUCCUGCUCCCAAGAGACCGUCUGAGUUGGCCGAUCUGCAGGGCGGAUCCGCGUCCUCUGGCAUGGACUCGGCGGCUGUCAGUCGUCUUCGAGCGGCCAACCAAGCAGCCGAUAAAGCCGACGAAGAGAAGUUCGCUCUCACCGAGUCGGUCGAUGCCCGUUUGGCCGCAUGGAAAAACGGAAAGCAGGAUAACCUCCGAGCCCUAUUGGGUAGUCUGGACACGGUUCUCUGGCCCGAAUCUGGGUGGAAGAAGAUCAACAUGUCGGAAUUGAUUAUGCCCAACAAGGUCAAGGUGCAGUAUAUGAAGGGGAUUGCCAAGGUGCACCCAGACAAGAUAUCCACCGCUGCCACGACCGAGCAGCGCAUGAUUUCCAGCGCCGUGUUUGGAGCCUUGAACGAGGCUUGGGAUAAGUUCAAGAAGGAGAACAAUCUAUAA